ACACAGAAAGAAAGUGACCUUCCACUACAACUCUCAUCAACAUCAUCAUCUAAUCGCCAAUCAACCACGUUUUGUAGUUGUAUAUAAUUAUUAUUCCCCGAUUCAUUUAAUUUUUCUCUACUUGGAAUCUUUCAAUACCGAGUAUUAAUCAAAGAAAAACCAGAUAAGAUUGGUAGUUGUCUCAAUUAUUAUUAACCCAUAUUUUAUCCCCUUUUCUCUUCAUUAUUGUUCCUUCUAUAAUUCUAUAUACAGGCUAUUGAUAAUUUAAGUUCAUAUAUUGGUGGUACAUAGUAUCUGGAUUGUUAAAUCAUGGGUUCAGAAGGUCCUGCACCAUCGCCAGUAACAGUUCAUGUGACGGGUUUUAAGAAGUUCCAUGGAGUUGCCGAAAAUCCAACUGAGACGAUUGUGCGUAAUCUGAAAGAGUACAUGGAGAAGAAGGGUUUGCCAAAAGGGUUGGCUCUAGGAAGCUGCAAUAUUCUUGAGACUGCAGGACAUGGGGCAGUUGUUCCUCUUCAUCAGACGCUGCAAUCUGCAAUUAACGAGAAUGAUUCAGAAUUGCCUAAUUCAGGGAAAGUUAUUUGGUUGCAUUUAGGAGUUAAUAGUGGCGCUACACGAUUUGCCAUUGAGAAUCAGGCUGUGAACGAAGCCACUUUUCGCUGCCCUGAUGAAAUGGGAUGGAAACCUCAGAAAGUCCAGAUUAUUCCUGUAGAUGGAGAGAUCACUAGAACAAGAAAGACUUCACUCCCUGUUGAGGAGAUUACAUCGGUUUUGACGAAGAAAGGUUACGAGGUGAUGACAUCCGAUGAUGCAGGCCGCUUCGUGUGUAACUAUGUCUACUACCAUUCACUCUGGUUCGCAGAGCAAAACGGGACAAAGUCCCUAUUUGUACAUGUGCCCCUUUUCUCUACUAUAAACGAGGAAACCCAGAUGCAGUUUGUAGCUUCCCUAUUGGAGGUACUUGCAUCCUUGCCGUAGCACUCUAGCUAGCAACUCGCGUCUUGUCCAGUGCUUGUGUGAGUUUGUAUUGUUGGCUUUGUAUUCAGAGUGCAGGAGAAUGGAGGCAUGUUUGUCACAUGCUGGAGGAAACCGUCUUAAGUUGCUAAUUACAUCUUGGGCUCUCUUUUCUAUCAAUAGUAUUCCAAAAAUUUCAGUAGUAUAUAUGCAAUUUGCUUUGAAUUUGACCAUAGAUAAUCAGGAAAAGUCUUAAAAACUCCACUUGAUUCCAGGAGUUGAAGACAGCUUUUCUACUAAUACUUUUCAAUGGUAUUAAUGAUAAGUACUAAGUUUAACAGUCCC